AGCACAAGCAGUAGCGCUAGUACGUGCACAAGCAUCUAGUUAUCUCACACGUACAGUACUCGCAACAAUGGCAGCGAGAGCCGCGCUCCUCCUGGCCGUCAGCCUGGUCCUCGCCGCCGUGGCGAGCGCGACCUACUGCCCGCCGCCGCCGGCCCCGACGCCGCCGACGCCGACGCCGACGCCAUCCAGCGGCAGCGGGUCGUGCCCCAGGGACGCGCUGAAGCUGGGCGUGUGCGCCAACGUGCUGGGCUUGGUGAAGGCCAAGAUCGGCUCGCCGCCGUACGAGCCGUGCUGCUCGCUGCUGGACGGGCUCGUCGACCUCGAGGCCGCCGUCUGCCUCUGCACCGCCAUCAAGGCCAACAUCCUCGGCAUCAAACUCAACCUCCCCAUCGACCUCAGCCUCAUCCUCAACAACUGCGGCAAGAACUGCCCCAACGACUUCCACUGUGCAUAAAUCCGUCGAUCACCGCCCCGUUCAUUCCAUGUCGUGAGAUGAUGCUUGGUUCAUGGAUGAUCUCGCCCGUUUGAGCUUGUUUGUUUUGAUUUGUUUCUUCGUGCAUGAUUCUAUGCACUUCUGCGUACCCUGGGCAAUGGUCACUGCAUGCAUGUAUAACCAGUUGGAUGUUCUUGCCUGGGGUGAUCAGUUACUUGUUGAUCAUGUGUUGUAUUCUUGAUUUGUUUCCAUGAUGAUCUGUUAUGGUUCGUCAAAUAAAUGAAGUUUGUGAUUUCUCUUUA